AUGGCGGAGCGGCAACCAGAGGAAAGCAGCACGUUACUGCUGUCUGCGGUCAAGCAAGCCAUCAAAUCCUGCAAAGCUGAGCAAGCAAAGAUAAAUAACACAAUUCAACUCUACAGAGGAUUAUUACAGACACUGUAAGUACUGCAUGUGAGAUGAUGGCGAAAGUUAUAUAGGCUUUAUACGUUGUGUGGAUGUAUUGUUAGGUAAGUAUGCCAAAUUCUUCACAGGCAGAUGUUCAGUGUAAAGUAAUGUUAAGUGUCAGUGUGAUAAACCACUUACUUAGUGAGCUGCAAGUGAAGCUUUCUUUAUCCGUCUCUAUAUAUAUAAUCCUGUUGGUGACUAUAAGUCUCAUACCAACAAUUACAGUUGAUGUUUAAGUCAAAGGUCGGCGUCCCGGGGCAUCCAUCCGGCGCUGUGGCUUAGUUGGUUAAAGCGCCUGUCUAGUAAACAGGAGAUCCUGGGUUCGAAUCCCAGCAGUGCCUUAUUGCUUAAGCUCACAAGAUUUCUAUAUUCAAUUGAAAUUCAUCAGCACUAUUCCACGCUAUACAGUCGAAAUACCAAGAUGAUUUGCAUUUACUGAGACAAAUCUUUUAAGCAGUAAAUGUUGACUGUACAGUAUUAACUUCUGAAAUCUGCUGUUUUCUGACAUAUACAAGCUAAUGUUACCUUAUGAGUCUCCAGAAGUUGUAGCUUAGUUUUGCCAAAUCUAUAUAAAAGACACAUGCACUAAGGAUGAGUCGUAGUGUGGUUUAUGCAACCAUUUUCUCCUCAUCAACAUGUUUUUACAUAAUUUUCAACAUGGUCUGGCUGUAAUGUGGCAUAUCUGGCACACGGUGGCUGCGACCCAUCUGAAAGCUGUUUGCCAACUGCUGAUUAAUUACAGAAGCAAAAGGAAACAAUAAUACCAGGUGCUGGUCAGACAGGUGUAGUUUUGUGAGGUGUAUAAGCAGAGGAAACUGCAGACUUCUUUGACUAGUAAGAGUGUAGCUACAGGUACUAUCCCUGCCAUGUAACUUGGCAUUAGUAGCAUCUUGAUUCAAGCUUGACUUUUAAUUGCAGCAAAAUGCAACAACUCAGUUUAGCACAUUAUUGCAACCUGAAGAUUUCUAAAUAAACAUCUCACGUGAGCUGUGUAACCGUAAUUUACUACAGUUUAUUAUUGUGUAAUUUUAAUGGACUUUGGUUCUCCUAACUUAUGUGAAAUCUUUGUCCCUAGAACACCACAACCAAAGACAAAGGAUGCAGACUGUGCAGAGCAUGCUGCCGCAGGUAAAACAAACAACUUAUUUAAUGAAAUGUAGUUUUGCAUAACAGCAUUAAUUUUACCUUUUUUUUGUUAUUGCAGCCAAGGGAAGAAAGAUAAAACGGUUUUGCAAAGUUAUGAUUAAUCCUUUUUUAAUAUUUCAUGCCUCUAAGGUCAUCUUUUACUCGACUAUUUCUGAAUCUUCUAAAUGAAUUUGGAGUGCUUUUCUAAGCUUUUCUGCUUUCUAAUAUGAGCUCAAUUAUUGCCCAGAUAUUAUGUUUCUGCAGGAGCUUUAAGGUUUAAUGUUAUAUCGCUGAAUAUUCCAAUUGUAACUGCAUGUUUUUCUUUUUCUAUCUUCAGACACAGAUGCGUCAUCAGGGGAGAGAGAGGACAUAGAAUUGCUUGAGCGAGCCUUGGAGAAAGCCCUUCGGGUCCGUACUGGCACACUACCUUCUAAAAAAGACCCUGACAGGAUCCAAGUACCCACACAUCUCAGGGAACCAGCCACUUCUGUUGUCACAUGCAAGGACAGAAAGCAGACACCUGCAGUCUCCAAAGUAAAUCCAACCAGCAGAUUGUCCGCCAAAUCUGCCAGUCUUGACAGAAAAGAGCUUAAAAAGCCUGUUAUCUCAAGCAAAGCAUCGAGGCAAUUGCAGCGAGGUGUCUCAGCGUCCGGCUCUCAGGGUCAGCUCCACUCCUCACCUCCCCGCUCCAAAAACAAGAGCGACACGCUGAGUGGCAGCAAGGUUGGCAAAGCUGCUGCCAAAUCCGCACCGUCUUCAAAUAACACAGUGUCUGUUUCACAUGCAGGGGAGUCUGUAGCUUCCGGGACGCCUCCACAGAGUGGGUAUGUCUGUGAAGAGAAACACAUUUAGCAGACAUGUUUCUGAAUUGUUGUAAUCUGUUUUUGUCUUCUUCUUUUUGUAGGAUAGCUUCUGAUCAAACUGUAAAGUGGAAAUCUCUACGGCGCAAACAAAACAGGUGACUAAAAUAAGUCUGUUAAGUCUUAGUCUGAUUCUACAGCUUCUGUGUCUCACUUUCUAUGUUCUCUUUAGGUUGUGGGACAGAGUUGUUGCCGUACAGAGGAAACCUGUGCCUGGGAGGAGUCACUACAUGGAGAGAAUGAGAGCUAUGGUAUCCUUCCUUUUCCUAGUAAAGCCCAUUGGGAAGCCCUAGACAUGGUUUCCCUGUUGUGUAAUGUUGAUUUUGGAAAAAGCUCUCCACUGAUUUCCAUUGCCCAACCAUGAAAAAAAUUCAAUUGUCACACUUUCAUUUCUUGCAGUCUUGUAUCCAGCGUGUUGUCCUUGACCCGCUCUCUCUGACCUCUCUCUAGUUCCCUGAGGACUGGCCUCGCAGCUGCCCAGAUCAGACCAGGGCUAAGGUCGACAGGCUGACUCACCAAGGCCUUGACCUGGCCCAGCAAUACCAGAUGAACGAGUGCCUGGCCCAGCAAGUCCCAGCAGCAGCAGCAACAGAGCUAGGUAAAAAGACUGGACAUGAUAACACACACCAAAAAAAAACAACAACACUGGCGAUGAGGGAAUUUAGAGGAAAGAAAAAGAUUGAUGACACAAAUUUGUGGGUGAGAAAAUGGAGAUUUGGAAGGAGACAGCUCAGGGAGUUGGCAGGAAUGGACUCUCUGAGAGCUAUUUUGAUAGUUUUAUGAGGGUUGAGUCUCUUUUUUCAAUGCCAGCCAGCCUCACAAAGCAGAAAUAAACAGUUGAGAUUCCAAACCAUCUCUGCAGAGACUCUACAGAGGUGAGACUAAUUAACGCAUACCUCCUGCUAAUGUAUUCCUCAUACUUUGAUGUUUUGUUUUAUAAGCAGGUGGUGAGAAAGACAAGUAUGACUCCAGGCUGACACCUGAGAAGUUGCAGAGGAGAGCAGCGGAGCUUCAGGUCUGUGCGGAGCAAACAAAAAAAGGUAAGAAGCAACCAAACUUCACCAUAACAUUACAAAAGUUCCUGAAAUUACCCAGGUGAGCUUUAUGUGUAAACAGCAACAUCCAGGCAUAUUUCCCACCAGCCCCCUAGUAUCAUUUCAGAGUAAAGUCUGAGCGAGCUACUGAGUGAGGCAGAAACCUCAAACAGAACCAGACUCAUGUAAGACAGUCAUCUGCUGAGACUGAGUUGGGUUUAAAGAGGAGGAUAGAGGGAGAUGAAGAAAGAGAUAAGGCUGAUGCAUGUAGUUGAAGCAGCUGGAAAGCUCAGUGACUCUACCGGGACAUGAUUAUAUCACAUCACUCCUCUCAUUAUUUGCAUUGUCAGAGAUGUAGGAGUGUGUUUUGAUUCUCUAUUUCACAGUCUAUCAUUAAGAUUUACAGAGAAGCUAAUCGUCUUACUCUGAUAGUGACAAGCGUCAGAGUUGCAAACAAAGUCCUGCAUGAACUUCAGGAGCUCUCACCUGGAAAUGAACCUGACUAUACUGAUCACGCACCCGCACCCUCAGAGGACAAACACCUCUUAAUAAUUCAUACUGACAUGGAGCCUCAUACUUACAGAAAAUGUAUCCCUGUUAAUGACCUAAAAAAAACAUUCAUGAAUAUUGCAAACCAACCUCCACAUUAAUGAUUCAUGCUGCAGCCGCAGUUUGAAAAACUAAACACAACACUGGUGAAGCAUCAACAAAAAGACUUUACCUGAAACGAUACCAGGGGCCGAGCAGGACAUAUUCCAGGUGAAGAAAAACUUUGAGGAGAAGAACUUUGCGCACCUCUGAAAGGGGCAAUAUACAGCGGUCUAUGUCUCCACGCGCAAACCUCAACCAAAACGCCACUCUAUAGCCACAAAUAAUGCUCAGAACAGCACCUAACUUCAUCAACAGGACAUAUAGGGUCCCAGCCAUAGUACUAGCCAUCAAACAUUUUUAUAGCAAAGAGACUAAACACAACUCACCUACUCUCUUCCAGCAGCCGCUUGUUGUGUAGUGAGACCUCGGGCCAGUCCAUUACAUACUACUGCGGGGUGUCGCAGCUCAAGGAAGAACAUUUAUUAUCAUUUCUUCAUGGAAAUGCAAUCAGACCGAGACGCUAAGGCAGAAGAACUACAGCAUCUGCGGUGCAAAAUGAUUAAUAUGAUGAUUAUUACUUCAAGGAAAUGAUAAAGAAAUGAUCAUAAAUGUUCUUCCUUGAGCUGCGUAACCCCGCAGAAGUCUGUAAUGGACUGGUCUGAGGUCUCGCUACAAACAAGCAUUUCUUUGCUGAAGAAAUUAGGCAAAGUUAAAAAGAUGUUUGGUGUCUAGUACUAUGGCUGGGAUCUUAUGAUGAAGUUAGGUGCUGUUCUGAGCAUUAUUUGUGGCUAUAGAGUAGCGUUUUGGUUGAGCACGUGCCUCCGGGGACCACUGUGUUUUGCUAUUGUGCGGUCAUUGCUAAAGUUGGUAUAACUAGAGAAGCAAGCGAUCGGCAACAUUCAUCUCUUGAGGCGGUGUCUAACUCGGUGUCACUGUGUGUUUGUUCCGAACUUAAAUUUACGCUGUAAUAUCCCUUUAAUAAGCAGAAAAGUAUCAAUAACAACAGUAUAUAAGUGGUUUAUUCAGCAGCAAAGACUUUGCCCUCUACAGACGAUACUGUGUGAGAAAUCAUGACCCCAUUUUUGCCUCUGAUUACUCAGCCGUGUUUGAAUUAAGGCGUCUGGGUGUCAAGGUAUCACUCACUUAGUACCUACAGUAUGUAGAGGGUAUAAUUUCCAUUACCUCCAAUGAUAGAGUUAUAUUGAAACUGAACACCCUGAGAUUUUCCAUUCAAACCACUCAAGUGACCGUAUCACCUUCAGGGACAGAGUUUUGUUUGUGUUGACCACUUUUAGCUCCAGUGCAGCACAAGUAUGUUAUGACAGUCCUCUCUAACCUGGUGCCUGUGUGGUAUUUUGUGAUGGUUACAUCCUGUCACACCUCCGCAGCUCUUUCCAGAUGGGGAUUAAUUCUUAUUGCGUUUUAACAGCAUUUCAGAAAUGAUUGUGACGAAUGUGGCGCGCUAACGAGCUAAUGCAGCCUCUCCAUCUCAGCGCAUGGAAAAUGAAAACAGAGCUGCAGCGAAACCUCAGCGCCAGAUCAGUACUUUCCUUGGCCUCGACAUAUCAACCCCCCCCUCCUCUCCUACGCUGUGACGGUGGGGUUUUAGAGCUGUCUAUCCUGACGUGGCGAGGCAAGGGCCUGGCUAUUUAAAGCUGAGGCAGGAAAACGUUUUAGGGUACGGUAGCUCACGCUCACGCUCUAAAAAUAACCGUAUUUUCCAUCAGAGUGGGAAGCUUGGGAUCGAUGGAGGCCCGAGGGAGGUUGCCUUUGUCCCUCUGGAGUGAGUGGUGUGUGGGGAGAUGGGAUAAUUGCACCCCUGCCUCUGACAGUAACCUACACAUCAGAGUCAGAGCUCAGAGAAGUGGAGAAGCUGAGGAUCAGAGUGGCCCUCCUGGAACAAGAAAUUCACCUAGAGCAGGUACGGGACGUGAAAUGACAAAUGCAGAUCCCUAAAUGUGUGACUGCUGUGUUUAAAAGUGGUCAUAGAUACAAUAAAAUCACGUCUCUUUCUCUAUGUAACAGGCUCUGUUGGACACUAUAUCCCCUCAGCUACUGUCCACAAUACCUGGGCCUGGAUGUCCAAACAUCAGCAUGCUGAGAGACAUGUACUCCCUGCUGGGGGAAGGAGGAGAGCGUUUCCCUUCAGUAGUCCUGGACACUGAACCGGAUUAA